UUAAUUUUGUUUAUUUUUUUUCUUAAUUUUUUACUUUUAUUAUUUAAUUAUAAGCAUUCUAUUUUGUCACCAAUUCCUUUUGCUGUUAUUGCAAAAGUGCUAAAUUCAAAAAAACUCACACCAGAAGCAUGAAAUGAUUCAUAUACAUAAGGACACCUACGUUCCACAAUAUCGCAAUGGGACUUGGAAGUGGAACGACACAGACAAAGUUUUUGAGUUUGUGCCAAUAUAUGAGUUAGCGCAAGAGCAAGAAGAAUAUCUGUUAUGCGAAGGUUUUAAGUAUAAAAAAACACUGAAUCAAGUCGAUGAAGUGCUUUUUCGCAGUGAAUUUGAACGCUCAGAAAUAUCACACGAUGCCGAUGUCAUUUUGAUACAGGAUAUCAAAAAUUUAGUUCUGUUUCUAUCGCCAGCAGAAAUGAUGCGUCGAGAUUUUUUGUGUUUUCUGCAUACCGAAGUAGUUGAUCGCCUUCUUAAUUCACUUAUCAUAUACUUUGAGUAUUUUCUUAAACUCGUCGAGAUGAUACUUAUUCGACGGGAUGAAACCACAGGUCCAACUCCAAAAAUUCAGAGCAAAGAAAGUUUGGAUAUGAAAUACAUUUUCUCAUCACAUUUAUUACAAUAUCGUUUGAUACUAGCACGUGAAUAUGCUGAAAUUGUUUUGGGGAAUGGAGAAUUGGAUGCAUUCUACUUUAUAACGCCGCUCGUUAAAAUACCGCGAACAAGAUGGGAUAGUAUGUUUCACGAGCAAUUUCUCUCAUUUGCUACGCAAAUAGUAUGGAUUGCUAUGCAUCGUCGUGCUUACGAUGUGAUUGUUAUGGAAAUGGAACGUUUGUUUCGUACGGAACACUUUAUGUUACAACAAACUAAUCCACUGUAUUUCAAUCCAUCUGAGGCAAGUAUGCUAUAUGGUAUAAAUUAUAAACGCCGAAAUUUUCGUGUACAAAACUCACCGCUAAUACAGGAAUUAAUGUCGGUCUCGAAACACAAUUUGCCUUUUCUACGCAUUGGUGAACAAAAAUAUCGCGGUACAGAUUUGCGUGUACAUCAAGUGGAACUAGAAUAUAUUGUACCACCAAGUCAACUUGCACUGAUCGAUGUAACACAUGGCAUACUAGGCCAUCCAAAGAAGUUGUAUAACACACUUUUAGCACUGAAUCAGGAUGCAGUACGUUCUGAAAACUUUUCAGAAACCAACGAUCCUUAUCGGUUAUUUAGACAACCCUGUAUAAAGAUACCUCCACUUGACUCGGAAAAAAUGCGUUAUUUUGCCAAAAAGCUUGAUUCUUACUAUAAAGUUGUGGCACGCAUUGAAAUUGUUAGUGAAGAAACGCUUAUCAAGUGGUGCAAACGUGAAGAGAUUAGAUCUAAUUUUAAUGUCGAACUCAUGGUCAUUAGUAGUUUUGACAAGAGUGCGAAAGAUGUUGAAAGCAAUUCUUAUGGUCCCACCGCCGAAGAAAUUAUUGAAAAGUUCAUUGCAAAGAAAACAAAACUGCGGAAAAUUAAGGAACUUGAAGAAAAGAAAGACGCAGAAGUCAUUACAUUUCAUGCGGACAGGUAAUACUUUCAUUUGGAAAUAUGUUUUAAUAAUGAAAUCAAAAAUUAA